AUGUCCGGCUUUGCCCAACGCGACAGUGCCCAGCAAAUCGACGGAGUGGCCGACGACAACUCGGUAGAGUCGGCCAUCUUCUCCGCUCUGAAGCGCGUGCAUUUAAUCGACGACAUUUCGAAAUGCCAUUAUCAGCGCUGUGGCCGCACGGACGCCGGCGUGAGCGCGUUCAACCAAGUGAUUUCGCUGUAUCUGCGCUCGAAUCUCCGCAGCGGCGUGGAGUUCGUCGACGAAUUCGAUCCUUCGAUUCCUUACAACGCUCCCAACACAUCCAACCAGCCCCAAUCUGCACCUUCUUCAUCUACUCCCGUUACCGAAUUCGAUUAUGCUUCGGUGCUGAACAAAGUGCUUCCGCCCACCAUUCGGAUCACCGGCUGGUGCCCCGUCGACCGAUCUUUCAGCGCUCGUUACUCGUGUUGCGGUGAGGAUUGGGCCGCGAAUUUAUCCGCAGGCCGCGUGUAUCGCUACUACUUUCUUCGGCGAAAUUACGACGUGGAACUGAUGCGAUCGGCGGUGAAACUGUUCGAAGGGGAGCACGAUUUCCGGAACUUCUGCCGAAUCGACGCGGUGAAUGUCUGCGAUUUCACGCGCACGGUGUUCCGCGGGGAUGUCGUGGAGAUCCGAAAGGGAGAAACGCCGCAGCACGACGUGCUGGCCGUGGAGAUUGUGGGUCGCGCGUUCUUGUGGCAUCAGAUUCGGUGCAUGAUGAGCAUUCUUUUCUUGGUGGCGUCGAAAAAGGAGAAGCAAACGAUCAUCUCCGAUCUCCUCGAUGUAUCGAAAAGCCCUUGCAAACCGCAGUAUCAUCUCGCGGAUCCAGAGCCCCUCGUUCUCUACGAUUGCGUGUUCAACCCGGGCAAGCCCGUGGGUUCGCAGACGGCUCGCAGUUAUCAGUUCAUUCGAUCGCACCCGCUGUAUGCUCCCAUUCUCGAAAGCAGCACGGAGAAAUACAACGAAGCGCCCUGCUCGUUUGACGCCAGUUUGUCCGAUUCUGCGCUCGCGGAGCUUCGCAGAGCUUGCGAAGAGAGGGUGUAUCGGACGCUGAUUCCUGGGGCCUGCGCGCUGCAGCUGCUGAGUGGAAUUCGAGAGGAAUAUGCGGAGAGAUUCGUUCCCAGCGGAGAACUGGAGGGAGACUUCCAGGAAGUUGCUGCUCGAAAAUACACACCGCUAGAACGGAGAUCGAAAGCACGUUGGAUUGGGUGA